GGGUCUGUGUCAGCAACCAUGUGACUGUGAAUAAUGGUAAUGAAAUGUCAUUGGUUGGUGUACACAUGUCAUGGCUGGAGCAGUGAGCAGCUCUGAACAGGAUGCUUUAGCUGGUAUUGUGAAGCAGGUCCAUGCCAAACUGAGGAGGGACUUCAAAUCAGGCAGCAGUGAUGUGGAGGCUCAAUGGAGUACACACCUCACUGACACACACACACUCUCAGCCUACUCACAAGCAAUGGCCGCUUUAGCUAAAGGCCCUUGGGCUAAUAAAAUGGACGAGACUAACCGGAUACAAUGGUGUGUGGAUCGUUGCCAUGAAUACUUCAAAUUAGAUGUACUUAAAAACUUACUGCUGAAGGAUUUACGACGUCUACACCACGGGAUGCCUACGAUAGCACCAGUAGAGGAUCUCCCAGCCUCUGAGGAGGAGGUUGAGGGGGUGUUGCAGGAGUGUGCCUGUCGGAGGCUGAGGCUACUCGACGUUGGGAGCUGCUAUAAUCCAUUUGCUGCAUUUCCACAGUUUGAAGUGACUGCAGUAGACAUAGCACCAGCUGAUGAGGCUGUCCACCAAUGUGAUUUUCUCACACUCGUUCCGUCACCAGAUGCCCUCAUUAAAACAGACCACUAUGAUGUCAUCAUCUUCUCUCUCCUCCUCUCAUACCUACCCAGCCCCCAGCAACGACUACAGUGCUGCCUCAACGCACACACCGCCCUAAGACUACACGGUACACUGCUGAUCAUCACUCCCGACAAAUCCCAUCAAAACAGACAUGCUGCUCUAAUGAAACAGUGGAAGGAGAAUAUCGAAGCAAUUGGAUUUCAUCGCUGGAGAUAUGAAAAGAAGACACAUUUGCAUUGUAUGGGAUUUAGUAAAUGCCGCCGUACUGUGGGGAGUGUGUGUGAGGAUGGUUUGGCUAUACCACAGGACGCUACUAGAGACGAGGAUAUGACCGUUGUUGCUAUGGAUACAGUGGGUGAUCAAGAGACAUUUCAUGAGCUACCUUUUAGAGACGAAGACUCAGAUAAUAAAUAUUGAACCCAAACAUAAUUAUCAUAGUCAUAAUAAUUUCAAUUUCAUAAUAAUAAUGUUUUGUUG